CGAGAAUGCGCGAUAGAUUACGCAACCGAUGCGUCAAAUCGUCAUUGCGACUACACACACCGAACCGAAGAGUCACAACACAAGCCGUGUCGCCGCUACAGUUCGUGCCACGCGCGGUAUACUUUGCGCUCCGGGCGCAAACGUCAGCACUGUAAAUAGAAGUGCUGGUCGGCGCUGCGAGAGUUGAAAACGCUUCGUAUAACGGGGAGUCCGGGGAAGGCGCCGUCCUCGCGCUGCGCAUCAGUGUCAUUACAGGUUACAGGUGCGAUUGGGGUCCCUCAACAACGUACAUACAUCGGCAUCGAAACUAGAUCGCGAGAAUGGCCAACUCCCCGGUGCUCAAUCCGGAAAUCCCGUAUGUGGGAAAAGUAGAAGGAGGCCUGAGGGCAGGUACGAUGGUGAAGAUACAGGGCAAGGUGCCGCCUCAGGCUGUGCGAUUUGCCAUCAAUUAUCAGCUCGGACCGACGUUAAAUCCGAGAGAUGACAUAGCCAUUCACGUGUCCCCGCGCUUCCCCGAGGGCUUCGUCACCAGAAACCACAUAGAGUCGAUGAACUGGGGCAUGGAGGAGAAUGCUGGUCCAUUGUGGAUCCAGCCGGGCCAGGAAUUUGAGAUAAUGAUUCUGUGCGACUAUCACUGCUACAAGAUCGCUAUCAAUGGCAGGCACUUUGCAGAAUUCGCCCACCGAUUGCCCUUCAUAAAGGUUACCCAUUUGGUUAUCGACGGCGACGUCGAGAUACACUCCAUCGCAUAUGAACAGGUAUCGGUCGAUUCAAGACCACCUGCUACAGGCGAUGUAUCUGCCGAAUUUGGUCCACCACAACCAGGUGGUUUAUAUCCAACGCUCCAGCCUCAGGGUGGAUACGGGCCUCCUCCUCCGACCGGUUACGGUCCUCCUCCACCUCCUCCCGGUGCCUAUGGCGGUCCUGAUGGCUACAAUCCACCACGAGCCUACGGAUAUCAGCCUGAUCAUGGGAAAGCAGAGGAAGAGGGCGUCUUCGGAGAUUGUCUGGACAAAGUUGGAUUAGCGUUAGGUGGAUUAGUGGCAGCUGGAGGCGUGGCGGCAGCCAUGCAUGCGAUAAAUAAAAAGAAAGACGAGCACGAGGAAAAGGAUCAUGAAAAAUCAGAUGCUUCCAAGUCGAAGACUGAAAGCGAGGGUGGUUUCGGCAAUUUAGGAUCUCUCGGGAUGGCCUUAGCUAGCAGCCUGGCGAGCAACGCCUUGCACAGCAACGCACACGCACAACAAGGCUAUCCCGCCCAGCAGCCAUCGGGUGGCGGCGGUGUAUUGGACUCUAUUCUUGGAGCAUUGGGCGGUGGAGGAUCCCAACAGCCUGCCUAUCACCAGCCGCCCGCCGGUGAUGGUCUGAGCGGAACAUUAGGAUCUAUACUCGGUGGUGUUCUCGGCGGUGGUGGAAGUCAUCAGCAACCAGCGUAUCAGCCUUCGGGAGGAUAUGGUGGGUCGGGCGGUUAUCCGGCAUCCGGUGGUGGAUACGGCGGCCAAAGUUCUGGUGGAUCGGAUCUGUUGUCGGGAAUAGGGUCUGCCUUAUUCAGUUCGGCUCUCGACGGUCUGAACAAACGUGGAAAAGAUAAAUCUCAUGAUGAUUAUCAUUCCGGACCACCUCCUCCGAGUUAUGGACCACCUCCGAGUUAUGGACCGCCUCCUCCGAAUUAUGGACCCCCUCCAUCAACUCCGCCGGCACCGAAGCCAACCCCGCGCCCGGAUACUCCACCGUCUUCCGGCGGGCAGAAAUUAAGCGCGGACGAAAUUUCGAAGGGACUCGGAUUGGACGAUUAGAACAAUCAUUGUCGAUGACGCCGAAGACUUCAGUGUGCAAGUACACUCAUUAGUGAUGAUCUUGUGCUCUCUUGUUGCUUGAAAACGUAAUCUACGUAUCAUCAUGAAUUUCAUUUAUCAAAAUAUAGUACGAUACACACUUUCCGCCUCUUGACGCGGAUUUUUAGUCGUAUUGGCAUCUGUAUCAAAUACAAAUGCCGAAGAAUACUACUCAAUAUUAUAUACGAAUCUCAUACGAAUCUUCUCAUACAAAUGAUAUUAA